UAGUCGAAAUUGCAACUGUUAUCUGGAGAUAUAGACAUAGAAAAUAUUAUCUUGAGACUCAAAGAGACUCAUACAAAAUGUCAAAAACAAUUACCUAUAAUUUCAGAAAUCAAGCAAAACAUAUUUGGGAAAGUCAAAAACAAUUACUCAUAAUUUCAGAAAUCAAGCAAAACAUAUUUGGAAAAGAA